AUGGCCUCCCAUGUGGCUGUCUCGGAUGGUGUCGUCAAAGUGUUUAAUGACAUGAAAGUGCACAAGUCUUUAACACCAGAAGAAGUGAAGAAACGCAAGAAGGCAGCGCUCUUCUGCCUGAGUGAGGACAAGAACAUCAUCCUGGAGGAGGGCAAGGAGGUUCUGGUAGGAGAUGUGGGGCAGACUGUGGACUUCCCCUACACCACUUUUGUCAAGAUGCUGCCGGACAAGGACUGCCAUUAUGCUCUCUACAGUGCAACCUACCAGACCAAGGAGAGCAAGAAGGAGGACCUGGUGUUCAUCUUCUGGGCCUCUGGGAGUGCACCCCUUAAGAAUAAAAUGAUCUAUGCCAGCUCCAAGGAUGCCAUCAAGAAGAAGCUGACGGGAAUCAAGUAUGAAUCACAAGCAGAUUGCUACAAGGCACUCAAGGACGCUGCACCCUGGCAGAAAAACUAG